CGAACAGCCGCCGCCGAGCAGUCUUUGGCUAACUUGGCAGCCGUGUUAGUGGGUAGUAAACAUCCAUCAUGGCGGAGCUGCUGCUGGACUCAGACAUCAGGAUAUGGGUGUUCCUGCCCAUCGUGCUCAUCACCUUCCUGUGUGGCAUCCUGAGGCACUACGUCAGUGUCCUGAUAUCCACGCAGAAGAAGGUGGACCUCACACAGCUGCAGGACAGCCAAGCCAUGAUCCGGGCCAGAAUGCUGCGGGAGAACUGCAAGUACAUCCCGGAGCAGUCCUUCCUCAUGAGGCGACACUUCUUCAAUAACGACGACUCCGGUUACCUGAAGACAGUGAAGCGUCCCGCCGGCCCACAACCCAUGACGGACCCCAACAUGAUGGUGGAGAUGCUGAAGGGCCAGCUCACCAACAUGCUGCCCAUGAUUGCCAUCGGCGGCUGGAUCAACUGGACCUUCUCCGGCUUUGUCACCACCAAGGUGCCGUUCCCCCUCACACUGCGGUUCAAGCCUAUGCUGCAGCGAGGCAUUGAGCUGGUGUCCCUUGAUGCCUCCUGGGUGUCCUCCGCCUCCUGGUACUUCCUCAACGUGUUUGGGCUGCGGUCUAUUUACACGCUGGUCCUGGGAGAGAACAACGCUGCAGACCAGGCUCGGAUUAUGGAGGAGCAGAUGUCAGGAGCAGCAAUGGCCAUGCCGCAGGACCCCAAGGCAGCGUUCAAGGCAGAGUGGGAGGCUCUGGAGAUCGCAGAGCACCGGUGGGCCCUCAAGGACGUGGAGUCAGACCUGCUGCAGAAGGCAGAGGUGGAGUGGUCUGGCAGUGGUCAGUCAUAUGGGGCUACUUCUUAGAUUCACACAGUUAUGCGUUGCGUGUGUGUGUAGUUUUGUGGAUGGUUGAGGAUGUAGUGUUGUAUAUUUAUUGUCUUUUCCAUCUUUAUAAUUUCCCAUCGUUUCUUUUUUUUGUACAGUGUUUUAAGAUGUUACUCUAUUCUUUCUAGACGAUAUUCCUCCUUCCCUCUGUCUUUAUAGUUUCCCUCUCAUUUCUUUUUUGUACAGUAUAAAAUGUUACUUCCCACUCCCCAUAACCAGUAUCCCUUCUUCUUCCUUCCUGUUCUGUUCAUUAGUUUAAGAAAAGACUGUGUAAUGAAUGUUGGAGGAUUUGUUCAGAGGAAUGAGUGGAGCCAAAACUUAAAUAGGACAGUGGUUAGUGGGGAAGAUUAUUGUAUGUGUAGCAAGUAGUGGGCUCUGAAACUAAACCAUUUGAAGUGGACUGUCAUAUUUUCUACUGUAUGGGUGAUCAUGUCAGAACUUUCAGGUAACAUGUUCCACUUCUGUAUUUUGUAUGCUGUGAAGGGGAUGGUUACAAAUUCCAGGAAAAUAACCUUAGCCUUCAUUUUCUUUUCUACAUGUCAUCCUGUUAUUCCUUGUAACUCCAUUUAAUUAUUAUGACACUCAGGCCUUGAUAAUCCCUCAAUAGUGGUCACAACAGUAGUUUCCAUUUCUUUUCUGUCCACUCCACUCUUGUACACCAUUUUUUCCCCUGUAUGGGACUUACUCUUCUAGUGGGUCAUUUUUAUUUUCUUUUUCUCAGCCUUUUUGAUGCCUCGGUCUCAAUUCCAUCAUACAUUACAAAAGAUUCCAUACACUCCAGUAUUGUACACUAUCUUACUAUUGAUCAUCCAUCCCUCCCUUCUUUCAUCUCAAAACUAGUGUCUCCUUUUCUUUCUUCAUGCCUCUAUUCCACUGAGCCUUUUUAUUUGAUUUCAUUAUGUACCUUGUAUGUAUGUGUCUGCUCACCUGUGUGUUGAAGUCCUAUUUUCAUCAGGGUAUUAGUAAUGGAAUAUUGUACCUACAUUAUAAGGCUCAAAGUCAAGUUAAAAUAAAAAAUAAAUGGAUAUGUAUU